AUGGCCGCUGCCGUCGCUAGCCGUGCUCUCCUUGCCGCUCCGGCUGCUGCCGUUGCCAAGGCUCAGACCAAGAGGGCUUUCUUCGGCAACAUUGCUGGUCUGGCACCCGUUGCCCGCCGCUCCACCCCCGUGGUGAAGUCCCUGGCCGUCAAGGCUGAGACCAACUACCAGGUCAUCGAGCCCCUCAAUGGCGACCCCUUCGUCGGUGGCCUCGAGACCCCCGUGACCUCUGCUCCCCUGGUCGCCUGGUUCCUGUCCAACCUCCCCGGCUACCGCACUGGUGUGAACCCCCUCCUCCGCGGUGUGGAGGUCGGCCUUGCUCACGGCUACCUCCUCGUCGGCCCCUUCGUCUGCACUGGUCCUCUCCGCGGCACUGAGGUUGGCCAAGUUGCCGGUACCCUCGGCGCUGCUGCUCUGGUCGCCAUCCUGUCCAUGUGCCUGACCGUGUACGGCAUUGCCUCGUUCAAGGAGGGCGCUCCCUCCACCGGCUCCACUCUGACUCUCAGCGGCCGCACGAAGGAGGCUGACAAGCUCCAGACUGCUGACGGCUGGGCUUCAUUCGCUGGCGGUUUCUUCUUCGGUGGCCUGUCGGGUGUCGCCUGGGCAUACAUCCUGCUCUACGUUCUGGACCUGCCCUACCCCGUCAAUCGGGUCGUGCCGCCCGUCGCCAUUACACGGCAGCCGCAGGGCCUCGGGGCUGGUGGCGCGUCGAGCCGUGCAGCACUGCGGAGGAGAAGCGCUCAGCUAAAAGCCUUGCGAGCAGUCGUGUUCCUCGUGCUGCUCGCGGCUUUCAUACACCUGCUAGUGACGUCUCGCAGCCGAAGCGCGUCGCUGGCAGCUGAAGUGCUUAAGAACCUACAUCGAGGCUCCUCCGCAAACCCUGCCAAUGUUUCGCUAAUCUCGGCUCCCUCCCAGCAGCAGCAGCAGCCCGUGCAAAAACAACUGUUGCUCCCAAACCUGCCUCGAUUUCUGCCAGCGUCCACUCUCUUCCCAGCAGAUGAGCCAGCCGCUGGGGUUUCUGUUCCGUCAGCCCCUUCCACGAGAGAAGGUAGCAGCGCAGCAACAUCACUAGCAGCUGCCGGGAUUGAUGAAAGCACCACCACAGCUGGUACUGAAAGUACUGGAACCGCUCACAGCUUGGAUAAUGGCAGUAACAGCAGCAGCAUUACCCCGGUGUUAGGGUUAGGAGGAGAGCGUGUGCGUGCAGUGCUGCCACCGAGGGACCUUGCACGCGAGGAGACGAGAAGGGAGGAGACAGGGAGGGGAGGAUUUGUGGGUCGAGUAGAUGGUGAAGGUGGAGUGACAGAGGAAGGAGUGCGUGUGGUGGAUGCUGCUGGGGAGAUAGGUGCUGGGCAAGGAGAGGAGGGAGAGGGAAGGGAAAGAGAAGAGGAAGGAGGAGGAGGAAGGGUAGGAGGAGUACCAGGAGGAAGGGAGCGAGGUGCGUUGGAAGGUUCGAAAAAGAAGACAAAGGCAGGGAGAGAAGGGCGGAAGAGGGUGAAGAAGCGGAGAGUGAGAAGGAUUCGUGUGAGGACAAAGAAGAGGAAUAGAGGGAGGAUGCAAGGAGUGGAGGUGGAAGGAGAUGAAAGAGACGAGCGCACAGGUGGUGGGAGAGCAGCAGCAGCAGUGUCAGCAGAGGCAGAGAAUUUGGAUGCUGAUGUUGGAGAAGCAGUGGUGGUGGGUGGAGAGCGGCAGAAUGAAGAUGGCCGGAGCUCUGGCGUUGGUGGUGGUGGUGGUGAUGCUGAUGGGGAGAGAAUAAAUGCUGAUGAAGAUGAGGAGGGGAGUAGCUCUGUGAAAAAAAAUAUGAGGGAGAUUGAGGAGGAUGAAGGGAAGGAGGAAAAUAUGGGGGAAGAGAAGGAGGAAUUAAAAGGGGAAGGGAAGGAGGAUGAAGAGGGGGAAGGGAGGGAGGAAGGGAAGGUGCAAGGGACGGACGAGGGAAAGGAGGACGAAACGGAGGAAAGGAAGGAGGACAAAAAGGAGGAAGGGAAGGAUGAUGAGGAGAGGGAGGAAGGGAAGGGGGAGGUAGGGGAGGGUAGAGAGGAGGUUGCAGCAAGGGGUGAUGACAGGAAUGAUCCAGCAGAGGAGGUGGAGGAGGAGGGGGAAACGAAGCAUGAGAAUAAUACUACUACUACUAGAGGGCUAGGUGCAUAUGCCAGCUCCGGUGACAAUGCCGGCUUAGGUGCAAACGCAGGGCGAGGCUCUGCUGCUUGCAUUCGAAAGCAAGUAAGAAAAGGGGGAGAGGAUGAGAGGAUGGCAUGGGAAGUCAAUGGCGCUGGUGAGAAGGGGUUAUUAUGGUAUUUGGCAGCAUGCAGCCGUGACUGCGCUCCGCGCGUGCCACUGCGACCCGCGCUGCCCCCCUCCGCCCGCGCCUAUGCUCUCGCGUCGCCUGCCCAUUUGCGCUGCGCCUCCGCCUGCGCUCCCCGUGGAAUUUCCGCGACUUUCUCCUCCGGCGGAAGGUUUCCGCAGCAGCUGCAGGAACAGCAACAGUGCCGGAAACAGCCCGCCUCCGCUUCCCCGCAGGCCGGCUUGCGCUCCACUCCAUCAGCCAAGCCCUUCGCGCCGGCGUGCGCAGAUGUGAUUUCCCCUGCCUCCGCUGCUUCCGCGGUCGCAAAGGCGUUCCGUGACGCGCGCUUCAUUGCCGGCGCGGCCUCCCUCGCGGUAGUAGCGGCUGCGGCAGCGUCGGGAGCGGCGGGGCCGGCGGACGGGGACACGGCGAAACCGGCGGCGGAGGCUCCUGCGACGGCGGCAGCUGCAGCGGAUGAGUCCUCUGGCAGCUGGUGGGACAGGUGGAAGGCGCGGUCGGCGGGACUCAAGGAGAAGGUGGCGAAGCUGGGGCUGGCGGCAGUGCUGGCGUACGGGCUGUUUGACGGCAUCACCUACACCACCUUCUUUGUGCUCGCCUUCCUCGGCUACGAAAAGAGCACCGGACUCAACCCCGCUGCCAACCUCAAAGCUCUCCUUGGGAUUGUGGUUCUGAUGUGGACGGGGAAUAAUGUGACGCGGCCAUUUCGAGUGGCAGGGGCUGCAGCCGUGGCUCCAUUUCUUGACAAGGCGUUGAAGAAGUUCCAGGAGAAGCUCAACCUCCCCAACCAGUUCCUGGCUUUUGCUCUUGUUGCAGGUACCUUCGGAGCUAUCUGCCUUUCUGUGGUUGGGCUUCUUAUCCUUUCACGCAUAGGGGGUUAG